CAGAAUUAUACCCAAUGAAAACAGGAUAUUAUUAAACUGAAAUGAAUGUUAACAGGCAAAAAUUAAAUGUUCACUUCCAAGUUUCUAACUAGGUGUGGAAUUGCAACAGCUCCAGAGAAGAUGUUGGUGUUAAAUUGUUCUACCAAAUUAUUGAUACUGGAGAAAAUAUUGAAGAGUCAUUUUCCUGAAUCACUCAAGGUUUUUGGAGCAGUGAUGAAUAUAAAUCGUGGGAAUCCCUUUCAAAAGGAAGUGAUAUUGGAUUCAUGGCCAAACUUCAAAGUUGUUAUCACUCGGCGACAAAAACAGACUGAGAUGGAUAACCUUGACCAUUACACUAAUGCCUAUGCUGUGUUCUACAAGGAUAUUAGGGCUUACCAACAGUUACUAGAAGAACAUGAUGUUAUUAACUGGGACCAAGUUUUUCAAAUACAAGGUCUUCAGAAUGAGUUAUAUGAUGUUUCCAAAGCUGUUGCCAAUUCGAAACAGUUGGAUGUAAAACUAACUUCCUUUAAGGCUGUUCAUUUUUCUCCUGUUUCAUCUCUGCCAGAUACCCAAUUUCUAACGGGGUCUUCCCCACGACUAACCUACCUGAGUGUUGCUGAUGCUGAUCUACUCAACCAGACUUGGUCAAGGGGCGGCAAUGAGCAGUGUCGCCGAUACAUUGCCAACCUCAUCUCCUGCUUCCCCAGUGUGUGUGUUCGUGAUGACAAGGGAAAGCCAGUUUCCUGGGCUAUCACAGAUCAGUUUGCCACCAUGUGCCAUGGCUAUACCCUGCCUGAUCAUCGUAGAAAAGGUUAUAGCCGGCUGGUGGCCCUCACGCUGGCCAGGAAGUUGCAAAGCCGAGGAUUCCCAUCUCAGGGAAAUGUCCUGGAUGACAACAAGGCAUCUAUAAGCCUCCUGAAGAGUGUCCAUGCUGAGUUCUUGCCUUGUCGUUUUCAUAGGCUUAUUCUCACCCCAAAAGCUUUCUCUGGUCUAAUUCAGUGAAACUCCAAUAAUCUUCUUACUUUACUUGAACGUAUGCACACUCUUACAUGGCAACGAGAGGUAAUUAAAAGCAAAAUAAGGAGAGAACCUUGGGUUGUUGAAAGGGGCAUGGAAAAGACAUACUCGGUUAGCCUGAGGAGCCUUGAUUAUUCCCAGCUCAGCUUUCCGUGGUAAAUAACAGCAAGGAUCAGCAGGAGCUGUCAUUGACAAGGGACAAAUGAUUAUCCUCCUUGAGGAUCCACUGGAGGAAAAAAUUCCUGAAGUCAGAAGCUCUUAGCACAGUAGCAGGAAUGACUGCCUGUGAAUAAAUGAUUUA